AUGGACGGCACUGACCACUGUUAUACCCAUGGAGGCCUCAAGGGCCAUCAUUCCGAGUGGGACUCCAAGAUUUUCAACUACUUGAAGUAUGAGGUUCUCCGGUUCCUCCUCUCAAACGUCAAGUUUUGGCUUAUGGAGUACCAAUUCGAUGGCUUCCGAUUCGAUGGUAUUACCUCCAUGCUGUACCAAUCUCACGGAAUCGGCAAGGGCUACACAGGUGGUUUCCACGAGUAUUUCGGGCCGGAUGCUGACAUUGACAGUCACAUCUACUUGAUGCUCUCAAAUGACUUGAUCCACCGCAUCUGCCCGUCAGCGGUGACGGUGGGCGAGGAUGUCAGUGGAAUGCCAACACUGUGCUUACCAGUGGAGUAUGGAGGCUUCGGCUUUGACUAUCGCCUGGCCAUGGCGAUCCCAGAUAUGUUCAUCAAGUACCUCAAAGAGUCGACCGAUGAUGGCUGGGGCAUGGGCCACAUUGUGCACACGCUGACCAACAGGAGAUACAUGGAGAAGGUGAUUGGCUAUGCGGAGUCGCACGACCAGGCAAUUGUGGGAGACAAGACCUUGGCCUUUUGGCUCAUGGAUGCCGAGAUGUACACCGGCAUGAGCACCUUCACCAGCCCCUUGCCUUCCAUGUGCAUCGACCGUGGCCUGGCGCUGCACAAGAUGAUCCGACUUCUUGUGCUCUCCCUGGGCGGCGAGGGCUACCUGAACUUCAUGGGCAACGAGUUCGGGCACCCCGAGUGGAUCGACUUCCCGCGCCCGGAGAACGGCUGGAGCCACCAGCACUGCCGACGUCGAUGGGACCUGGCAGAGGAUGAUUUGUUGCGCUACAAGUUCUUCCAAGCCUUUGAUGAGCUUAUGCAUGCCUGCGAGAAUCGAUACAAGUUCGUGAAUGCAUCUCAUCAGUAUGUCAGCAAGAAGUGUGAAAUGGACAAGGUGAUCGUGUUUGAACGCGGAGAUCUGGUUUUCGCGUUCAACUUCCAUCCGUGCAACAGCUAUGAAGGCUACCAGAUCGGGACCCAUUGCGACGAACCUAUGCGCUGUGUCUUGGACACAGACGAGGGCAGAUUUGGAGGUCACAUGCGCCUGGACUAUGGCCAUGGCAAUCCUUUCCCCGCCCUUGGUGGAAUUGACAGCCGGCCUCACUCUGUCAAGCUGUACAUGCCGGCCCGCACAGCUCAAGUUCUUUGCAGGGAGAGCAUGCUGCAGGGAGGGGUGAUCAUCUACGCCGAAGAGAGCUUCCUGUCGCAAUACGAGCUGAAGAAUUGUGAUGGCUUGAAGUUGUCUCUCGUGGUGACAAAGGACGGCAACGAGGAGAUGCAGGACUUCCCGUUCACAGACGGAUGCGCUGCUCUCGAAGAUCACUUUGAUGCCACCUUUGACAUCGUCACUGCGGAUGACACGAUCCUGCCUUGCAAGGCCUCCAAAGACACGAAGUUCCGAGUCUACUUCCCUGGUGAGUACACCAUUGCCCAGCUGGGCUACCUGCGAAACGGCCGGCCGGAAAACGCGCCGCCAGUGCCGAAGGCAGCCCCAAAACCCAAGCCGCAGGCCAAGGAAGGCUACACGAAGCCCAAGGCGCAGCCAGCACCGCUGCCGACCAAAAUCGAUGUCCCGGAGACCAAGCUCGCGGAUUCCCCGCUGUCGCCGCCCUCCGGCGCUCCUCCGGCCAUGAAGGUGGAGGUGAAGGAGGAGUCCAAGCCCGAAGAGGCCGGGGUGGACGUGCGCGACAUGACCCGGUGCUACUCCGGGCUCCACUUCAUGGACACGGAAACAUUGGACGCCGCCUUGCGGGAGACUACGGCGCCUGAGCGCCAGGUCUCGGACAUGGACCAGGCAAAAAGCCGAUUGCAGGAGUAUCAGGAAAACCUUGCGGCGUGUGGUGGCGACCUGGCAAAGAUCUCAGAGAGCUACAAGUCAUUCGGUCUGCAGAAGGUGGGAUCAGCCUGGACGUAUUGCGAGUGGCUGCCUGAAUGCAAAGAAGUGUUCCUGGUGGGCGAUUUCAAUGGCUGGGACACUGCCGCGACGCCGCUGGCACAAGAAUCCGACUUGUUGCCAGAUGUUUGGAGCUGCACCCUUCCAGCGACGACAAACCUGAAGGUGGGAUCCAAGUACAAACUCUACGUGGUGCCAGAGGAGGGCGAUCCAUACUAUGCCAUGCCUGCAUGGGCCACAAAGUUCAUUGGGCCCAACGAGAUGAAGCUUUUGGACGCCAUCGUUCACGAGAUCAAAGGAGCGGGACCCGGGCGACUGGAAGUGACCCCGGAGAUGCAGCAAGGUGGGACGCGCAUCUACGAGUGCUAUCCUAUCUUCACCUGCAAGCAGACCACGACCUCUCCUUUGGUGGAGACCACAGACUUGCUUCCUCGCAUUGCUCGAAAUGGCUACUCUGCUUUGCUGCUGAUGGGCCUUCUGGAGUGCAAGGACAAUGCGACGAUGGGCGCCCAGCCGGUCAGCCUCUUCGCUCUGUCCCAGCAUUUGGGGACUGUGGAGGAGCUGAGAAACUUGGUCCUCCAGGCCCACCGGCUCGGUCUGCAGGUCUUCAUGGAUCUUCCCCACAAUGGUGCAGCCUCAGCGGAGGACUCACUGGGCGGGCAGUUCUUCCUGUGGGGAGAGCAGAGCUUCCACCCCAUCACGGGUGCCAGGCUGUACAACUUCGCGGAGCCCGAGGUGCAGCGAUACCUUCUCGCAAGCAUCGGGUUCUGGAUGGACCAGUUCGGCAUUGAUGGCUUCAGGUUUCUGGAUGUGGCUUCCAUGAUUUAUUUGGACCGAGGGAGGUGGGUGCCUUCACCCGCGGAGCUGGAGGAUUACUUGGCCUCGGAUGACAAGAUAGAGAAGGCUGGUGUCCAGUACCUGAUGCAGGCCAACACCUUGAUCCACCAGCUGGCGCCCAAUGCUACCACAAUAGCUCAGGAGACAACUAUGUACACGCAUCUUUGUGAGAAGAUUGAGGACGGUGGUCUCGGCUUUGACAUCCGACAGGCUUGCAAUGCUCCGAACCUCUUCCGAGAGCUGAUGUUGGGAUGUCGCGAUGAGGAGUGGAGCAUGAAGAAGAUUGUGGAUGCCAUGUCUGAGGUCAAGCAGUACCGACCUGAAGACAAACUCCUGGGCUAUUAUGAGUCUGCGGAGCACGUUGUAUUGGCACGCCGGCCUUUAAAGAUUGCGAUGCUCUCGUGGGAGACCCUGCACACCAUUGCAGCUGGAGGUGUUGCUCCUCACGUUACAGAGCUGGCUGGAGCGCUGCACAAGAUUGGCCACACUGUGCACAUUUUCACUCGAUCCACCAACAAUCGCACGUGGGAGAACGAGAUUAUGGGCGUCAUCUACCAUGAGGUGAACUUCGACACAAACAGCGACUUUGUGCGAGAGAUCGAGAACAUGUGCGCCGCCUUCGUGGGGCACUUCUUGCAUGUCGAAGGUCAAGUAGGUGGCUUUGACGUGAUCCACGGCCACGACUGGCUGGUUGGACCAGCCGUCAUCCAGCUUGCCUCCAUGAACAAGCGGGUUAUCUUCACCAUGCACUCCACCGAAACUGGCCGCUGUGGCAACGUUCAGUAUGGAGGACAGAGCGCACGAAUCCGUACUAUCGAGGGGCAUGCAUGCCAUUCGGCGGAGCGUGUUAUUGCGGUGUCGGGAGUUUUGAAGGAGGAGGUGUGCAACCACUACCAAGUCCAUGGAGCCAAAGUUGAGGUCAUCUACAACGGCAUCCACGCAGACGCCAUUGCCAAGAUGGAGUGGGAGGAUGAAUGGACGGGCAACACCAAGCGCGACAAGGGCUUCGACGUGAUGGAUCCCAUGUUCCUUUUCGUGGGCCGCCUGGCAGUCCAGAAGGGUCCUGAUCUGCUCCUGGAGGCCAUUCCCAUGAUUCUGAGCGCAAGGGGUAACGCCAAGUUUGUGAUCGUUGGAGAUGGACACAUGAAGAGCCACCUCGAAGCCCGUGCUCAGCAGCUUGGAGUUGCUCAUGCGGUGCACUUUGCUGGCUCAGUCAAGAGUGGCACCACUCACCUGAAGGCGCUCUUCAAGUCCUGCGACGCCGUCGUUGUGCCCAGCAGGAACGAGCCAUUUGGCAUCGUGGUGCUGGAGGCCUGGGCGGCCAGCAAGCCGGUGGUGGCCACCACCUGCGGCGGCCCUCGGGAUUUCGUGAGACCAGACCGGGAGGGAUAUCUCGUGGAUCCGAACCCUGGCAGUAUUGCAUGGGGCGUCUGCAAGAUCUGCGAGAACUUUGAGCACGCAAGGUGGAUGGGUGCAGUUGCGAAGGAGAAGGCGCUGAACGAGUUCAACUGGUCCUUCAUUGCACGGCAAACGGAGCAGGUCUACUACGAGCAGAUGAAUCUGCACGGCACUCCCAAGUUUCAAUGUCGGGGUCCUGGCAUCGGCUCCACCUUGGCCACCAACGUGCUGGGCCAGCACCGUGGCAACAUGGGAGUCCUGGAGAAUAACUUCCUGGUGAAGAGAGGUUUGAUGUUGUUGAAAAUGUCCAAGUUGGUCACCGCUGCCAUGGGAUCCGAUGCGAGCAUGACGUGGAUGGGCUCUGAGUUUGGCAUGCUGGAUGCCCUGGACCUGCCCAGACCUGGAAAUGGCCACAGCAAGGACAAAGCCUUCGUGCCGUACAGCACGGCGGAAGACACGGGUCUGAUGUACAAGCACCUGGACGUGUUCGACGUUUUCAUUAACAGGAUUGGGGCAGCUCUGCAGUGGCUGAAAUCUCCAACACACCAAGUCGCUGUGGCUGACGAAGAAAAGAAGGUGCUGGUUUGGGUACGAAGCGGUUGCAUCUUUGCCAUCAACUUCCAUCCCAGCAAUGCGCUGACCGACUUCCGAAUAGACCUGCCCAAGGGUGUGGAGAUCAAUAGGGAAGUGACGAUCGCUUUGGACACCGAGGAUCCGCGCUUCGGUGGACUGAAUGAGGAGCCCUUGUUGAAGCCGUCUGGCAAGUUCAACACUGGGCUGCUGAAGCUCAACCUGGGGCCGAGGACUGGUCUAGUGCUCGCGCCGCCGGACAGGGCGGAAAAAGCGCUAUCUUCCGACAAAUUGUUAAAGUGCAAGACAGCCGACGCACUAUUGGGCGCAUAA